AAUGUCUGUCCGACUGUCUGCUUCUCUCUUCGUCUUCUUCUUCUUCUUCUUUUAUCCAAAACGAUGAAAGCUAUGCUGAACCUACUGCCUGUACUAUCGCAAUCAUAGUCCGUACAUCCCGAAACCCACCCUUUUGCCUACAUUUUCUUAGGACCCAGUUCAUUAUUUCGAAAAGUAAUGGGGGUGGGAGGGCAUUUCUGGGACAUGCUUAAACCCUAUGCCCGACCCGAAGGCUCCGAUUUCCUGAGGAACAAAUGGGUCGCCGUGGACCUCUCCAUCUGGAUCGUCCAGCACGAGACCGCUAUCAAGACCCAUGUCAGAAACCCACACCUCAGGCUCACUUUCUUCCGUACUAUCAACCUCUUCUCCAAGUUUGGAGCUUUUCCAGUCUUUGUCGUUGAUGGAACUCCAUCGCCGCUGAAAUCGCAGGCAAGAAUUGCGAGAUUCUGUCGCGCUUCUGGCAUUGAUUUGUCAGACUUGCCGGUGGCCGAAGAGGGUGUUUCGGUUGAGAGGAACAGUGCCUUUUCAAAAUGUGUCCUAGAGUGUGUGGAACUGCUGGAGCUAUUUGGGGUGCCUGUAUUGAAAGCAAAGGGAGAGGCCGAAGCACUGUGUGCACAGUUAAACAAUGAAGGUUAUGUAGAUGCUUGCAUCACAGCCGACAGUGAUGCAUUCCUUUUUGGGGCUAAAUGUGUCAUAAAAUGCAUUCGGCCCAAUUCCAAAGAACCAUUUGAAUGCUACCAUAUGUCAGAUAUUGAAGCUGGUCUUGGAUUGAAGAGGAAACACUUGAUAGCCAUCUCUCUUUUGGUUGGAAAUGACCAUAAUUUAAGUGGAGUGCAAGGUAUUGGGCUUGAUACAGCUCUUCGUCUUGUCCAAGCUUUUAACGAGGAUGAUAUAUUGAAUAGGUUACGUGAAAUAGGCAAUGGAGAAACUCCAUUGUUUCAAGGUGGUAUCAAACCUUUAGAUGAUUGUGUACCCAGUUCGAGUGAAAGCUCACCUAGGAUAAGAUGUUCUCAUUGUUCUUUCUGCGGACAUCCUGGCAGCAAGAGAGCUCAUUUUAAGCUUUCAUGUGAAUACUGCGGUACCAGUAAAAGUGAGGGUUGUAUGAAAAAGCCAGAGGGGUUUAAAUGUGAUUGUGCCUCCUGUGAUAUGGUACAGAGAGAAAAGGAACAGAAGAAGCAAGAAAAUUGGAGAACAAAAGUUUGCAACAAGAUUGCACUGGAGUCAAAUUUCCCCAAUGAGAAGAUUAUUGAAAUGUAUUUGUGCAACAACCAUGGUUAUUUUACUGCUAAAGAUGGCCCUUGCAUAUCUUGGGGAAGCCCAGAAACAGAAAUGCUGGUUGAUUUCUUAGCUUUUCAUCAGCUCUGGGAGCCAUCUUACAGCAGGCAGAUGAUGCUUCCUAUGUUAUCCACCAUUUUCUUAAGAGAAAUGGCUAUAAAUCCAGUAAAAACUUUGUUAUAUGGGCAGUAUGAGUUUGACUCUGUACUGCGUGUGAAGAUAAGAUUUGGACAUCAAUUCUAUGUUGUCAAGUGGAAAAAAGCUGUGACUGCCCUGGACAGUGCUAUGGAUGCAAUCCCUUCUGAGAAGUCUGAUACGCAACAAGAUGCUAUAGAAUUAGAUGAAUCUCUCGAUUUAUUGGAAGAGCCCGAUGGCCCCAAGGUUCAUUUUGAUGAGGGCUGCUGCUACCUGUUGACAGAUGAAAAUAUGGACCUUGUUCGGGCUGCUUUUCCAGAAAAGGUUGACCGAUUUUUGCAUGAAAAGGAACUUAAAGAAUCAAAACGAAGAAAGAGUUCAAGCUUAAGAUCUGAAGGGACCAAUGAAAAGUCAGAAUCAAAAAGAUCAAGCAGUGUCCAGCGAAAUAUUACUGAAUUCUACCGUUCAACCAAAGUACAAAUUCAGGUAAAUCCAGGAGAAGAUCAGGGUGCUGGGACCUUGGAAGAGAAGAGGAAAGCAUCAAGUCCAAAUCUCUCCAAGUCUGUGAGGCGUCGCCUUUUGUUUGACUAGGACAUUUUAAGCUUUUGGAUCCUUCUCUGUAGUAGAUAUCGUGAAUUAAUAUAUAAAAUUUGAGAUGUGCUGUACAUCAUUUUCUGGUCCUUCUAUUCUUCUUUGCUGAUGUGGCAUUAUCAGGAUACCUUUAGAUCAAUCAUAAUU